AUGGCCCUUAGUCGUCGCGAUCUAGUUCUCGCGAGCAUCGGCGUUUUCAUCGCUUGGGGAUUGGUUGUUCGCUGGCUACCGAUACUGAGGUACCUAGGAUAUGCUGUGACAUUGGGUGCCAUCUUAUCUUCUGCGGGUAUUUUGGGACUUGUCACAUUGACGAUUCGGCAACAAAAUGACAAAUAUACUGCGAAGAACGUCUCGGUAGCUUUUAUCAAACCAAAUCAAUGGCGAAAGGAAGUGCUCAAUGUCCGUCGAAGCACGCGAUACCAAGCCCGGCCACUCUAUCCACAAUCAUUUAUCGUAUCGGAAGGCAUCGAUGAACUUCUGUCUUUCAUAACGCGGGAUUUUGUUUCUUCGUGGUAUCAAAGUAUCAGUCCGAACCCUACUUUCGCUAAUGAGGUUGAUGGAACGAUUCGUGUUGCCCUCGAAAAUCUCCGAGAUAGAUUGGUUGCAGAGGACAUGAUUUCGCUGAUAGUGUCGCGCAUUAUUCCUAUCAUAACAUCGCAUCUCAAGGAAUUUGACAUUGCUGAGCGUUCUGUUCGGGGGCGGAAUCUCAAUCGAAAUGUGACCGAGUCUGGAGAGCUCGACUUGGCCAUUGCAAACAAGUACCGGGAAGGUCGAUUGCAUCCUGCUGUUACACCCUCCAUGUCCGAUCAAAGAUCGGUUCAGCAGGAGUAUCUGCGCAAACUAGCGGUUGGCCUCUUACCCCAGUUAUUCCCAGAAAGCGUGCUGAACAGUCGGAUUGUGUCGGUUCUGAUUCGCGAGAUUAUAUCAUGCGCUGUGCUUCUUCCGAUAGUCACUUCGUUGUCAGAUCCAGAUACAUGGAACCAAUUAAUGGAAGCCUAUGGUCGUACAGCCCUGCAGGAUCGGAAGACUGUACGCAAACUGCGCGCCGCAUUGGAUCAGCAUGCGUCUCCUGCACCCAAGUCUAAGCGUGGGCAGCCCUUUCCACGAUUGUCGCCAACUGAUUCAGAGCGAGCCUUUGAGCGCUUUAUGAGAGCGAUCAGAAAAUGCAACAACCUUUCCGAUGCCCGUCGGUUCCGUGCUCUCGUUUCUAGCCAAUUGAAACAAGAGAGUGUGGUCGAGGGCCAGGAUCAGGUGUACUUGAGGCGUCUGGAAACAGGCAAACGUGUUCUUGACCAGAAAGUGGCGAAGCUUGCUAAACCUGGCGAGAAUUCCCACAUCCCUCCAUCUCUAGAUCUUCGACCCGAAAUCCCCUCUACAACGCAUGAAGCUUCGCUGGUUGACGUAAUGCACAGUGCAUCUGGUCUCUCUUAUUUCAUGGAGUUUAUGGAUCGCCAAAAGCUGAUGUCUCUUGUGCAGUUUUGGAUUGUCGUGGAUGGAUUCCGCAACCCACUUGAAGACGAUUUUGGAGAUGAGGCGGAGCCAGCAUCAAUAACAUGGAAGCCGGCCGAUAGAAACGAUUUAGCUCUUCUCAGUGAGACCUAUCUCUCAAAGCCAGAGCUGAAAGUCUCCGAAGAGUCUCGCCGAGCAGUCAAGACGUUUCUCAGUGCAGGAAAGCGUGCAACCCCGGAACAAUACCGCAAAGCGCGAAUGGUAGUUCUGACAACUCAGUCAGCCAUUUUAGAACAUCUCCAAGAUACUUAUUACCCGAAGUUUAAGGAAUCCGAUUUAUACUGGAAGUACCUGGCGUCCGAUGAAGUUUCUGCUGCCCAAGUGGCUCGUCAAUCCUCCCCUAUAGCCGUCACUUUUGAAGCCCCUGAAAGACGACCUCUUCCCCCUUUGUUAUCACGAACUACCUCCCAGCCAGGGUUACGACCAUCUAAAGACCUUCGACGAGCAGCUGUAUCGUCUAGCGAUGUGCGAGGUAUGGGGAAGUUGUUCGAUGAUGAUGAUUCUCCACGGCGAUCGAUAGACUCAGAGCGAUCUGCUCCUCUUUUUGAUGAGGACUAUGAUACAGACAAUCUCGCCACGUCUACCUAUAGUUUGGGUAAAGAUUCUCAAAACGGCGAGCACGAUGCCGGGCAGAGCCAAAGUCAGGUUCUCGAGACGAUGGAGGCAGCGCUGAACGAUAUCAUUACCAAUGAACCAAAAAACACCAGGAUUGAAGAUCUCAAGGGAGAUGCCGCUGGUCUGCUCGGAGCAGAACGACCUACUUUCUCGCCACGCAACUCAUCUGACAUUCCUCAGGUUGACAACCGGAAUGAAAGAACUAAGAAAAGCAUCGCAUCGCUUGGUCUUGUAGAUCAUGCAUCACGACUCGGCGUGUUUGAUGAUGACUUGUUUCCAGAUCAACAAAAAUUCAUCGAAGACGAAUACGAAGAACCAGACGGCGUCGAUGAAAAAGACCCAGCCGAUGAGGUGCACGAAGCUGCACCCGGUGACUUGGGCUUGACUGAAGCAAUUGAGGCGCUUUCAGUGGAUAUCGACAAGCUUGCAGCCCAGGAUGCUGUGGUUCAAGCAUUGACACGCAAAGCUGAACUGACAAAUAAUACUGCGGAGCUGAGAAUUCUGCGCAAGUCUAAGGCCAGCAUUGAGCGCGAAAUGCACCGCAAGGAAAUGCAGAGGCAACAAUACACUCUUCAGGAAAGUGAUAACAGCCUGUUUGGGCGAUCCACUAUCAGCCUCAAAUCUAUCGUUGUGGGCAAAGAGGAGGAUGAUGGCCGCGAAUUCGCAAUGUACGUUAUAGAGGUCCAAAGAAACGCCGGCGAGCAAAUGCCCGCUGCAUCAUGGGUCGUUGCACGACGGUAUAGCGAGUUCCAUGAUUUACAUCAAAAACUACGCCAACGCUAUCCCUCCGUGCGGCAUUUGGAAUUCCCUCGACGGCGCGUCGUUAUGAAACUACAGAAAGAGUUUCUUCACAAGCGACGACUCGCUCUUGAAGCCUAUCUGCAGAAACUCCUCCUUUUACCAGAGGUCUGCCGCAGCCGUGAUUUACGGGCGUUCCUGUCCCAACGUGCCAUCCUCCCCCACAAGGAAAAUGCGCGCGACAACGAAGGCGAAGCCAAAGACCUCGUAACACGCAUUUACAAUUCCGUGGCAGAUGGCAUGGACGACUUCCUUGGCAAUUUCGGCGUGCUAGAUCAACUAUCUACUGCAGGCCAAAACCUCAUCGCGGCUGCGACUCAACAAGCCACCAGCACUACCACUCCAGACUCCAGCCUCGCGACCGAGGAUGCUGUCACAGCUGCAGAAGCUGAAGCAGAAUUGAAUGCCUUCGAAGAUCGGGAGCUUGAGCCUUUCAUCAAGCCCAUCUGCGAUCUCUUCCUUGAAGCUUUCGAGCUGAACCGUGGCAACAACUGGUUGCGCGGCCGUGCUGUUGUUGUUGUCCUCCACCAACUUCUUGGUGGGACGAUCGAGCGCAAAGUCCGUGACGGAGCCCGUGGUCUGGUACAGGAUGACUCGCUCCUCAAGUACCUUAACCUCGCCCGCGAUACCCUCUGGCCGGGCGGUGUGCUCCGCAAAGUGCCUCCUCGCUCAGUGGCUGACCGUCUCAAGAGUCGUACCGAGGCGACGGUAGUCCUGGCGACCCUUAUCCCAGAUUUGGCGGGCAACGUUGUCGGCAGAGCGAAUGCGCAGGCUGCUGCGCGUCGGAUCUUUGCUACCCUCAAUAACCAGCAUCUUAAUACCCAUCUUGUUCUUACAAUCCUCGACGAAAUUGUCCUGGUCCUUUUCGGCACUUCAGGUCGAUCUCGUUGA